CAUUCAGUCCACCAAACCAAACCAAACAACCGCCACUACCCAGUUUGUAAUUUAUUUUUAUUUUUGUACUAAAAUAGAUGUGGUGCGGCGCGCAGUGCAAUAUAGCGGCGGCGGCGACCUCAUGUGCGGCUGAUUUUUCUCGAUACAUUGUACCUACAUAAUUUUUUUUUUAAUAAAAAUAAUUGCGUACUAAUAAUGUCGUUCAAAAAGAAGGGAAUGCAUCUGACAAGAUCAUAACGACCUUGAAUAGUGCUUUAAAGUAAAACACUUAAAAAAAACCUCCCCUUAUUUGUUUUGUUUUUUUAUUUUUUCUCAAAUGAAAGUGAAUGAAACGUGGGUGUGAAGUAAAUAAAUAUUAUAAAAAAUGAAAGCUAUAAAAAAAUGAUAUUUAGAUAUCAACUACCUGCUCUGUCAUAUUAUUUACACCAAAAACAGUGAUAUUGUAAACAAAUCAAGAGUUUGUGAUCGUUUCCGGGAGAGAAAUAAAAUAUUGUGAUCGCUUUUUUGAAGCGCUGCUGGGUGACAGUUACAGAGUACAGAGACUGCCAAGUGUGUUUUAUUUCGAUGAAAUAGUUGACAUAGCAUGAUCUUGUUUUUUUUUUGUUUGCUUUUUUUCUUUGAUUGUGCAAAUAAAAGCAAUUUUUCAAUUAACGCUUGAUUGGUUCGUAUGACGAAUGGAUAAGCCAAAUUUAUUAGUGUUUUUCCUUGAUUUUUUAUAAACAAAAAAAGAAGAAAAAAAUCACUUCAUAGCUCUCUUGGUCAGUAGGUGACUGUUCAUAGAUACAAAAUAAUGACCAGCAAACAUGAGCACCUCAAGUUCCAGUGGCAGUAACGAUAGCGUCCUCGAGCCGUUACUGCAACAACAAGACGACGACGAUGACGAUGAGAACAAGACUCUCAUCAGAAAAGAUGACACCUGGAUUGUGUCACCCACCUGUAGUACUUCGAAUGGCAAUUCCAAAUCAUCUAAUCUCAAACAAGAAUCUACAUCCGUUAAAAACAGAUACACCAACAAAAAUCUACUCCGACAUUGUAAAAAACCAUCGAUUGGCAGUUCAGUUAAUAGUUUAUUAAGUCGACGGAAACGAGCUAUAGUCUUGUUAGGCGGAACGUUCCUAUUUCUCUUCUAUAUAAAUUCCAUGAUAAUCAACAGGAAUUCUAACGAAAUGAUUCCUGUGACCCACCAUUCGACUGUACCCGGAAUGAAGGCCUUAAAGUUAUUUGCACCAAAUGCAAGUACAGAAAACCAUCAACAAUCAUCGACUCUAGGUGCCGAUGUUACAAUCAGCCCGGAUAAAACCACUAGAAAAACCAGAUCAACAAUGUCAGCGACGGGGGCAGGGGGUAGAAAAUUACAAAUUGCACUCAAAUCGACAGCAAUGCCCAGAUUAGAUAGAAAAAAUACAAAUUCUAAAGUUGUUGCAACCACUUCCACUGCCACAACUACAACUAAUCUCAUCUCAAAUACUACAACUAAUUCAAAAAAUAAUUCAACUAUUCUACCUCCUCCAUCAGGAUACUUGGUAUGGAGCGAAAAGUGCAAAAUGCCUAGUAUAGAUCCGUAUACUCCCGAAGUUAUGCAACAUUUCAAGCGAGAAAAAUACGAACCUUGUUCGACGAGUAAGCCUCUAACCAGGGUGGCCUUUAAUUCAACAACGGGCAAAUAUAAUUUGCUAAUAAAUCAAGAUCAAGUCAAGUAUUAUACAAAAUCUGGUGGACAGCUGGACUGUUGUUACCAAGUGAUUGAACGAAAAUCUGGAGGUGAAAAAGCUGACCAAGAUGUUGGUCUCAGUGAAUGUUUGAGUUUUCGAAACUCAGCUCAGCUUCCAAACACCGCCGACAAUAUAUUGGUCAAAUGUAAAAGUAAAAAGAAACAAACUUACAUAAAUGGUCAUCCGAUGAUGCCUGAACGUGAAGACAUUCAAAAACGAUUGGAAGACUGGAAGAAAUCAAAUACAGAAACAAAGAAACCAGUGAGUGUCCUUAUGAUAGGAAUCGAUAGUAUCUCAAGAAUAAAUCUCAUACGAGCAAUGCCAAAGACUGCACAGUACCUGUACGAUAACGAGUGGUUUGAAAUGAGUGGAUAUAAUAAGAUGGGUGACAAUACAUUCCCCAACUUGAUGGCAAUUUUAACUGGCUACAAUCAAACUGUAGCCUUCGACAAAUGUGCACCCACAAAACUCGGUGCUCUCGAUCGAUGUCCAUUUAUGUGGAAAACUUUUCGUGAACAUGGCUAUGUAACAGCUUAUGCUGAAGAUGAAUCCUCAAUCAAUACAUUCAACUACCUUAAAUUAGGCUUCGAAAAGCCACCAGUCGACUAUUAUCUGCGACCAUUUCUAAUAAGUGCCGAACACAAUCUAUCAAAUAAAUUCAAAUCAGGAUUAAUAUUUUGCCUUGGCUAUCAGCAUUCAGCUGAUUACAUUUACGAUUAUGCUUUAGAAUUGGCCACACGCUAUCGUGAUGAUCCAUUUUUUGGCCUAUUCUGGGCCAAUACAUUUAGUCACAAUGAUAUAAGUGAUUGUUCAUCAAUGGAUGAGAAAAUGGAAGAAUAUUUGAAACAAUUUGCCAAACGUGGUAUCUUGGAUCGAUCAAUUGUGAUAUUUUUCAGCGAUCAUGGAAUGCGUUUCGGACCGACAAGGAAAUUUCUAUCUGGCCAUUUGGAAGAACGUUUGCCGUUUAUGUUUAUUUGGCUACCGCCAGGUUUGAAAAAUUCUCAUCCUGAGUUUGUAAAUGCUUUGAGUGUGAAUAAAAAUCGAUUAACAAAUCCAUACGAUCUUCAUAUGACUCUGAAACAUAUUCUAGAGCUGUCGGGUAGAGUUAAUAAAUCAGAACCUAGUCAGGGCUGUCCCAAGUGCCAAACACUCUUAGAACCUGUGCCACAAAGUCGUUCGUGUGAUGAUGCAGCAAUUGAGGACCAUUGGUGUACGUGCAUCCCCUACACCAGCAUCUAUAAGGGAUCAAAUGUAGUCACAAAGAUUGCCAAAUACUCAAUCAACUACAUCAAUGAGUAUGUUGCUGAAUUCAAAAAUGGCAGCGUUGCUGACAGAUGUGCUGUUUUGAGUUUGAGUGAAGUGCAGAGUGCCUAUCGAGCUUUGCAUGGGGUGGACACAGCGACCAAUAUAACAACCGAGACGUAUAGAAUAAUUUUUAUAACUAAACCGAAUAAUGGGUUGUUUGAAGCAACGGUGAGGUAUACUGUGGAAACGGAUAGUAUGGAAGUUACCGGGAGUAUUAGUCGGCUUAAUUCGUAUGCUUCGGACUCAAGUUGCGUGUCUGAUGGUGGGGCGAAGAAGUAUUGUUCGUGUGGGAAGAGUUCGAAGAAUCGUCAUGCUAAUGCACGUGCUCCUGCUGGUUAGGAAACACACGUUGGACUUUUUUCCAUUUAAAAUUAUAGCUUUCUUUUUCUAAAUUCAAGUAUCACGACUCUACUUUGUUAAAAGGCUAAGGUCUUAGGGAGGGGCUACAAGUCCUAAAAUUAUUUCUUAAAAGCUAUCACAAAAUUUCAAAACAUAACCUUUUCUAUCCAGCCGUUAUAAAGUGGUCCAAAAAUAAAGUUAUAAAAACAAAAAACAAACGUAACAAGCUUGCCAAAUACAUUUUUUAAAACCAAAUUUGUACAGUAUAAAUAUUAAGUUAACAAAAAGUAACAUAUAAAAUACUUAUUUAAUAAAAUGCAAGGCCAGUUUCCUUAUAGCAAAUUAAAUAAAUAAAAAUUAAGAAGCUAUUAAAGAGCAAGACGUUGAAAACUUGUGCAAUCUGUGAUUACUAUAAAACAAAAAAUAAAACAAAAAAAAAACUAUACGAAAUCUUUCUCACUUUUUGUCCUUUCAAAAUGUUAACAAUUUAAACUUUAGUUAAUGUAUAAGUAAACGAAUAUUAUAUAUAUAUUAUAAUAGUUUUUUUGCUUAGUAUAAUAUAUUAUAAUAAUAUACCUAUUAUAAGGAUAGUUUUGUGUGCCUUUUUGUUGUUUGAAAAAGAGGAGGUGCAUCUUUUCACAAUUAUUAUAUAGUGACUUGAGAAAUGUAUUAAGAAUAGAAUUACAUAUAAACAUUACAUUACAGUCAGUUAUACCUAAUUACAAAAAAAAAGAGAAAUAGAACAGAAUAAACUAAAUAAUGUAAACUUGUGCUUUAAGCAAAAAUAAUCGAAAUAAAUCUACAAUUAAUUAUUUUGAAUAAUA